UAUUCAAAACCUAUUGAGGUUAUAUACGUUUUAAAUGCUUCCUGUUAAUUUAAAUCAAAGUUAUGACUAAAGGAAAUAUAGAAAUUAUAGUUAAAGACUUAAAAGAUCAUCCUCAGUGCAUACAUGGGCCAACAAUUUUAUUUUCCAGAGAAGUGAAAGGAGUAAGGAGAAAUUUUUUCGCUUGUUCGGCAUGCAGAGAACGAAAGCAUUGCAAUUUCUUCCUGUGGGAAGAUGAAAGAAAUAAGUUAACUCUAUCCAAAAAGCAAAUUUGGGAGCAGGAAACGAUGAAAUAUUUAAAGAAUAUUAACCACAGAAAAAUUUUUGUUACUUUGAACAAAGUGAUUGGUUUACCUCCGACUAAGAGAUUAUACUGCCACAAUUGUUCAGAGUUUGUGUUGGAGAUGAGUGAAUCUAAACACAGUGAUCAUAAUUUGUUACGAGGACUGACUGAUUAUCAGUUAAACCAUCCUUCUGAAAUUCUACUGCCUGCGGAAAACACUAAGAAAGAAGCUCAAUAUUUAUUUUCAAAAUUGUCAGUAAAAACUAUUGUAGAUAUCUUUACUCAACUCGGUUACAAAGACGUUAUUUGUAUAGGAACGCCAAGAAUUCAUGAACAUAUAAGGAGUAGUUGUGAUGACAUGAACAGCAUAUUAUUAGACAUUGACAGUAGAUUCCACAGCUUUUUUGGACCUCUAGAAUAUGUCUGGUACAAUUCUUUCAAUCAUCAUUUUUUCUUUACAGAAGCCGGAAAUGUUUUUAAGGACUUUCUAAAAUCUAGUAAAGGGAAAAAUACGGUCUUAAUUACAGACCCACCCUUUGGAGGCAGAGUGGAACCACUUGCAUUUACUUUUACGACAAUAAACAAUGAAUAUAAGAGUAUUCAUAAAACAAAGAGUGAUCUUCCGAUGUUCUGGGUUUUUCCAUAUUUUAUGGAACCUCAAAUUUUAAACAGUUUACCGAAUUUUAAAAUGUUGGACUAUAAAGUCCUUUAUGACAAUCAUUCCUCAUUUCAAAAUGGUCCAAAAGGAAGGAAACAAGGUUCACCUGUACGAAUUUUUACUAAUGUUAAUCCAAGAUUGAUAAAAUUACCUGAAGAUGAAUAUAAAUUUUGCCCGCUGUGUAACAGAUGGGUUUCCCUUGAAAAUAAACAUUGCAGUUUGUGCAACAAUUGUACGUCGAAAGAUGGAAGGUCGUACGUACACUGCGAAAUUUGUAAAAGGUGUGUUAAACCUACUUGGAAGCAUUGCAGAAAAUGUGAAAGAUGUACACAAGUUGAGCAUAAAUGUCUUAUUUUAAAAUUUUCCAAGAGAUGCUUUCACUGUAAAGAAGAGGGACAUAAGAAAAGCGAAUGUCCACUUAUGAAUAUUGCAUUAAACAAUAGAAGGAAAAAGAAAAUCGAUAAACGAAUGAAGAAAAAGAAAAUUCAUGUAGAGUAA